CCUGAAGGUGACUUAAAAUGCUCGCUAGCAUUUCCACUGGAUGGCAGCAUCUGCACAGAGGACCACAAUCUCCGGGAAGCGCUGCUUCACGAUAGAGUCUCUGGUUGCCAAAGAAAGUCCUCUAACAGCCGAGGAUCCCAUCCGUCCGACGGCUUUGAGUUACUCCAACCCGACGACAGAUGCCUUAAUGAACAGUUACCAGGCUUCUCCGGCCAGGUCUCUUUAUCAAAGCCCGGACCUGGUCUUCCCGGAGACGGUUAACCACCCUUCUCUCACCGUGGCUCCACACCAGCUCGGAAGCUCCCACCUCCAACAUCCGCACUUCUUCGGGACGCAACACCGAGACCCGCUAAACUUCUAUCCGUGGGUCUUACGAAACAGGUUUUUUGGACACAGAUUUCAAGGUAACGACGUGUCCCAGGACAGCCUGCUCCUGCACGGCCCUUUCGCCAGGAAACCCAAACGGAUCCGGACGGCCUUCUCUCCGUCGCAGCUCCUCCGUCUGGAAAGAGCUUUCGAGAAGAACCACUACGUGGUCGGAGCCGAGAGGAAGCAGCUGGCGAAUAGCCUGAGUUUAUCCGAAACGCAGGUGAAGGUGUGGUUCCAAAACCGGAGGACCAAGUACAAGCGACAGAAGCUGGAGGAGGAGGGACCCGAGAGCCAGCAGAAGAAGAAAGGAAAUCAUCACAUCAACAGAUGGCGCAUCGCCACCAAGCAGGCCAGCUCCGAGGACAUAGACGUGACCUCAGAGGACUAAAAAUCUCCCGUGAUGGUGCCCUAACCCCCGGCGUCCCCUUCUGACGCACCAGAGGACCAACACUAUUUAUUGUGUAAUAUUGUUAAAUGUAAUUAGACACAUUUAGAGGACGACUCCAGGACUAAUAUAUGUGAUCACAUCUUCAUCAAGGUGCUCCACCCAGUGACAGCCAUCCUGAAUGUCUGUGGACGCAGAAAGAUGCUAAAAUAAUCAUCUUUGGUUUGUGUGAAAGCCAGAGAUGAAGGGAAACGUCAGCCUCCACCAUAGUGCUUGUUUUUUAUUAUCAAUAUUAUCAUUUUUGUACAUAGGCCACUAAUGGAGGUUGUUUUUAAAAGAGUACUUGUUUCAUCAAAGAUUUUUUUUUUUAAAUAGGUCAUUAACACUUCAUUACUCACCUCAUCCACCCCGCCACCUGUGCACCACAUUAAUUCAAAUUUCUCCUUAAUGACAAGAUGUGUUGACUCACACUUUCAAUCUGCCCAGCGAAUAUGAUCACAACCAGACAGAAAAACACAUCAGGAGAUGAUCUGAUGUGGCUCUCUGCAUGAUUUUCUUUUUUUUUGGUGUCGUGACUUGAGAGCCUUUCAAAGGCUUUUGCUUAAGAGGAUUCUUCAGAGAGACGACUCAAGACCAUUUGUGUAUGACUCCAGGACAGAUGAGAAGCUGCAGAGACCUCCAAUGUGAAGGUCCCGUCAGACAAGCAGCACCUUCUGCCAUGCUAGACUGGUCAGUGUGGGUGAUGGAUGACGUCUGUUUGCUGACUGCAGAAUUCUGUAGGCACUGUGUGUAGAAUAAAGCAUAUUUAAAACACACUUUUCAAAAAGAACAUGUAAUUGCAAAGAGAUGAUUUAGAAAUAAAAGAAAGAGUUAUUUCU